GCUGCAAUUACAGCAUAAAUUUCAGUUUUAAUCACUUCUCUUUUGGUUCUUUGGUUUCAGUUCUUCAAUUUGAUUUCCAGACGCAUAAUCUCGUUUGUGGUUCAUUUAAUUUCACAGAGGAGCUGAGAAAACUGUUGUACGAUGUCUGGAAGAAAAGAAACUGUUCUGGAUUUGGCUAAGUUUGUGGACAAAGGCGUCCAAGUCAAGCUCACUGGCGGCAGACAAGUUACGGGAACGCUCAAAGGAUAUGAUCAAUUGCUAAACCUUGUGCUGGAUGAAGCUGUAGAGUUUUUAAGAGAUUCCGAUGAUCCAUUGAAGACAACAGAUCAAACCAGGCGCCUUGGCCUAAUUGUUUGCAGGGGGACUGCUGUAAUGCUCGUGUCUCCAGUUGAUGGUACAGAUGAGAUUGCUAACCCCUUUAUCCAACCGGAUGGUGCAUAGAUGUAAUUUUUGUGAACUCUAAUUUCCCUGUUCUGUAUCUGAAUAUCUAGUUUCACUAUUACUUUGUGAUUCCACCCCCCACCCCUCAAACAAUUGAGUUUCAACCCUUCUAUGGACGUGGAGAACUUAUCCAUGUGAAGUAAAAUGGUGAAAUUUUGUUAACUUAUGUC